AUGGCAGAGACACCACGCAGAUCCACGUCUGCCUCUGAGGAGGAAGAUCCAGAACCGGAGGAGAUUCAGCCACACACCCAAAGUGGCAGAGUGGUUCCCCUGCGGCAGUCCGACCCGCAAGUGGCCACAAAAAUAGACAUAACCGCGAUGGUGAUUGAGGCCUACAUAACCUCAGAAAUGGCGGUCCUGAAAACAGACCUCAGCACUCUGGCAGGCAAGAUACAAUCUACGGAGGACAAUGUCCGCGGCUUCGGAGUCAAAGAGGACUUCACUACAGCACAGCUGCAGGGGGUAACCCUCACGUGUGCAGAGCUGACGGCAAAAGUGGGACAGAUGGAAGAUGCGGCAACACAGCGCAAACUCAAAAUCAGAGGGAUCCCAAACGCCAUCGAUGCUGGCGAGCUCCCACAGUUCAUCAUGAGACUACUCUCCAAUACUCUGACACCCAAACAGGCUAAAGGUACGCAACUAGAUGGGAUAUACCGCCUCCCAGGGAGCCUUACACACAAACCCUUGGGAUCAAGGAUGUCAUAAUAUUCUUUAGGUCACGAACUGACAAGGACACAUUUAUGGCACAAGUCAAAGGCCAAACCCCAUUCAUCUUUGAACAGCACUCCCUGUGCUUCUUUCAAGACCUCAGCAAGUCCACAUUGCAGUGGUGUGCCACAUUGAAGAAGGUGACCUCGCAACUGCUAACAGCAGACAUUCAAUAUAGUUGGGGGACCCCACGGGGGCUUGUGGUAGAGAGGAAUGGCAAAAGGCACAGAAUCACCCCGGUGUCCAACGCCGACGAGUUCUUUCACUCCCUGGGACUGCCUACUACCACCACUGCCAGGCGAACAGACCAACACACGAAUGGAAUGUCGACAACGUAG